AGUGAAACAAGUCGACCUUGUCAGUGGAGUAGUCAAACUUCUCUGGGGAAUUCAUAAAGAUACAAGUCGAAGAGCAUUGUCGGACACUGGUGAGAAGUGCCUAGAUGUCUUCACAGAUAGAGAGGAGCCAAAGCAUGUAUACCUAACUCAAAGACUCGGUUUUGGAUCUAAUACAACACCAGCAUCAACAUUAUCCUCUGUCCUGAAACCAACUAUAAGGAUGUCUGCCAAGUAUACUUACACCAAAGAAACGACUAACUAUGCCCGGAUAUGUAGACUGGUCAUUGAUGUCUUCCCUGACGUCUUCAGAGAAUUACUCGUCACUCGACUGCCAUCUGGACUCCCUUAUGUUCUUUCCAGUCAAAAGGGUCAGAUUAUCUCCCAGUUGAAUAAACAACAGAAGAAAAUGCUUUACUCCUCGGGUGGAGUGUUCCAAGGUUCUGAGAAGGAUAUGGAUGUUUCUUUACUUUAUAUCCUUCUAAGGAAUCUAGGGAACAUCACUCCUCAUGGAAAGGGUUGGGGUAAUGUUCCAGAUGCUGCAGACCGUUGUCUGUCAGCAAAUAUUGAUCGUCUACGGAUACACAGAAAUGAGAUAGUGCAUGCCAACAUUGCAUAUCUUUCUAAUAGUGACUUUAGGACGAGGUGGGCCGACAUCCGUCAAAGUGUUGAGGACAUACAGAACAGUGACCUGAAGACAGGGAUGUUUGUACAAGCCGUGGAUAGUAUACUGACCAUGACCAUGGACCCAGAUGUAGAGAGGAAGUACAUAACUCUUGUAAAGAAGAUAGAAGGGGAAAUCAGUGACAUGAAAGAGAGACAAGACAAGAUGGCAACAAGUUUGGAUGAUCUCAAAGGAACUGUUGAUAAUGUGAGUCAUCAUGUUGGUGCUGUGAGUGAUGAAGUUGGUGAUGUUAGGAAAGACGUUACUGCUGUGAGUGAUGAAGUUGGAGCUGUUAGGAAAGACGUGACUGCUGUGAGUGAUGACGUUGGAGCUGUUAGGAAAGACGUUACUGCUGUGAGUGAUGACAUUGGAGCUGUUAGGAAAGACGUUACUGCUGUGAGUGAUGAAGUUGGAGCUGUUAGGAAAGACGUUACUGCUGUGAAGGAAGAUGUCAGUACCCUGAAACAUUUUUCAUCGACAAUAAAAGGGGAAAUCUGUGACGUAAAACAGAGACAAGACGAGAUGACAACUGACAUGGACAACCUAAAAGGCACUGUUGAUGCUGUGAAGAAAGAUGUCAGUGACAUGAAACAAACAUCAGCCAAAAAUGCAGGAAGGGAUCCUAAGUUGACGGCUAUGAUAGAUACAACAAAGUCUACAAUUCGGACAGAAAAAGAAAGCUACAAGUAUAUUUCUACGAAAAGUCUCCAAGAUGCCCAUCAAAAACUUCUGGAGAACAAAAUCGUUAUAAUCCAGGGAAACUCGGGGGACGGGAAAUCGUCUACUGCACUUGAACUUCUCGGUUUUGUGCUGUGCGGUAAUGAAGAGGAGGGGCAACAUAAACGAUGUCGACAACCACUACAACUACACGAGAUAAAAGACUUAGAUUCAGUUGCACCAAAGUCACAAUUAGUUAUUUAUUUUGAUGACAUCUUUGGAACGAAUGUUGUGUGUCAGGAAGAUGUGAAAGAAUGGGAGAAACGAGAAAAAGAAAUUAUUGCAAAACUUUGUGGAAAUGAAUCUGAGUCCAAUUAUCUGGUCAUUACAAUUCGUAGUGGAAUGAUUAAUUCUUUAAGUGGCCUAGGAAAAUUAUUUACUAAAGAAAACAUUGUUGACCUUAGCCAGUACAAAGAAGACAAAGAAAAACUUGCAUUGUUAAGGUUGUAUCAACCAAAAACUGAAUUUGUUAAAUGGACAGAUGUUGAGGAGAAACAGAUUGUGGCCUCGGCCCCAGACAUUGGGUUUCCACAGUGUUGUAGAUUAUUUAGGGACACACCUAGUUUACAAACAGAGAGAGUCAAAUUCUUUGAAAGACCUUUGCAUUAUUUUAAAUCCUCUUUAUCUAAAUUAGAAGACGGGAAAUUUUAUGGUCUGCUGUAUCUGUUCCUCAAUGGCGGCUCAGUUGUAGAACAUGAUUUAGACCCUUCUAUUGAAAAUAUUGAGGAAAAUGAGAAAAUGAAAGCAGCAUUUGCUUUUGAUGUAGUAAAAGUUAACCUAACACCUGAGCUUAUUGACAAAAAAGAGAAAAAGAAAGCUGAAUUUGUAAAGGAGUCAUUAGAAUGCCUUUUGGGUUGGCUGGUGAAAAAAGAAUCUACACUGUGGGUAAAAUGUCCCUCUUACAAAUUCAACCACGACUCCAUUGAGGAAACAGUGGCACUUCUGUAUGGAGAGAAAACUCCCAUUGGCUACAUACAGAAUUGUCCCAGAGAGUUCCUCAGGUAUGUAACUACAGCAAAAAUCAACCCAAACAGAAUAGUUAUAUCUUCUGAUAAUCAAACCAAUGCCAUAUAUAAACGUAUAGUGAAAGAGUUUCAAUCUGUUGAUCCUAAAAGUGACUGGUAUUUGAGUAAGUGUGACUAUUUAGCUACAUUAGACGUAUGGACAGACACCCUGUUUCUACAGGGAUUUAUCAGAUGGCUAAGUGGUCAGAAUGAUGACAAAAACUUACACCAACUGAUAAAGUGUGCCUUGUUAAAUGGAGCUUGCUCUGCUGGUUUAGAAGAUCGUGUCUCGUAUCUCCUUUCUGUGGGUGUAACGCCUGACAAGGAUACACUGUUUAGUGUAGUGAAGUGUGGGAGUGUACAACUACUGACACAAAUACUAAUGUAUGACGUCAUUCCUACAGCGAGGGCAGACAGGUCACGAUCAUCAUAUUUAGCUGUGAAUAUCAAUGUCCUACACGAGGCGUGUUUGUUUGAGAGAGAAGAGAUGGUGACCAUGUUGUGUGACACUUACCCAGACUUGGUACAUGAGACUGAUGACGAGAGACAAAGCACGCUCCAUUGUGUGGCACGGACAGGAAACGUUGGUCUAUUUCAGACAGUGGAGAGAUUGAUACUUAAAUCAUUGUGUAGAGUUGAGGAUGUACAACAUAUGUGUGAGACAGAAAAUGGUCGUGAUGUACAUAGGAGUUGUGUGUGUGGACGGUACAUGUCACAGUUAGUGGACGAGGACGGGUUUACAGUAUUACAUGAUAGUUGUAGUGAGGGACACAGGGAGCUUAGUUUAUACCUGUGUACGUUAUACCCAGCACUAACUACAGCUGUAACUAACGACGGGUAUACAGUAUUACAUGUUAGUUGUAUAAUGGGACACAGGAAGCUUAGUUUAGAGCUGUGUACGUUAUACCCAGCACUAACUACAGCUGUAACUAACGACGGGUAUACAGUAUUACAUCAUAGUUGUAUGGAGGGACACAGAGAGCUUAGUUUAGAGCUGUGUAAGUUAUACCCAGCACUAACUACAGCUGUAGAUAAACGUGGGUAUAAUUGUCUACAUCACAUAGCCAGGAUGACAUCAGAUGUAGACUGGUUCACUGAUUGUGAACUUCACGUAAAACAGUACGUAGAGAAAACAGGAGGUAAGUAUGACAUCACGACCAUACUUACUAAUAACGGGAGAUCUGUUUUAGACAUGGCAAAGGAACAGACAGAGAGGAGGAGAAAGUGGAGGAAGUAUGAUAACCCAUUGUAUGAUCAUCUUGUCAAAGUUUUUAAUAAAUAAACGUAUUAAAUAUUCACACUUCUAUACAUUAACUUGUGUAACAUAAUGACAAAAUAAACAGCAACGAACAGAACACCGUGGAAACCUUUUGUAGGAUCAUCUUGUCAAGUUUAUUUGUAAAUAAAACUACUUAUAGAUAGUCACACAUACUUCUUAACCUUCUAUACAUUAACUUGUAUAACAUGGUGUAUAAUUAAACAAAGAUUAAGUUGAAGAAACAAUUUAUUUUCAUCAUUGUUCACAA